UAUUGGUAAUCCAAAAAAUUAGAGUUUAUAGCUGCUUUUUUAAAGAAAUUUGAGAAUCUGAAAGCUUUCGUGAGAUAUUUUUUUUAGAAUUAGAACUUAUUUGGCGGGAACGGGUCAGCAGUCCGGUCGGAUAGUAAAUGUUUUGAGAAACGGUCAAUCUGUUGCACAGGAUCUCAUCUAUACGCAUGGCGUAAAUGCGAAUGGCAAAGUUAAUGAAAAAGUUUUUGUGCCAGCGAAAGAUCGUCAGCGGCCAUUUCUGCUUGAAUGGAAUGUUACGGUACCAGCAUAUUCGAUCUGUGAAUUAUCAUUUGAAUUUGACAAAGCUUUCUUGAGGGUGAAUGAAUAUCCACCGGAUGCCAAUCAUGGAUUCUACAUUCCGGCUCCAGUCAUAAUACUUUCUGCUACCGCGGAUUUGUGGCACAAAAAUCGUACUGCGCUUGGAAGUUCACUCGUUACUGCAUUCGAGGAGUUCGUUUUUAUGCAUUUUUUGCAGCUGUGCAAUGCAGAAAACGCAUAUUGACA